AUGUUGGAGAUGCUUGAGUACAGUCAUUACCAGGUACAGUCUCAUCUAGAGACCUCCACUAAAUACCACCUUCAGCAGAGCCCGAGGCAGCAGGUGAAGCACUAUUUAUCUAGCACGCUAGGGGCGAAGCUCAGCCCUUUACACAACAGCCAGCAUCCAGAGCACGGCAUGCCCCCCGGCCCUGGAGCCAGUGCCCCCAACAGCCCUAUGGCCCUUCUCACCCUCACAUCCAACUGCGAGAAAGAGAUGGAUGAUGUCAUUGAGGAUAUAAUCAGUUUGGAGACGAGUUAUAAUGAUGACAUCCUUGGACUAAUGGAUACAGGACUUCAGAUGCCAAAUACGAUUCCAGUUUCUGCAAAUCUCCUGGACAUCUAUAGUAAUCAUACACUUCCUCCAACUGGAGUCAGUAUUGGGAAUUCCUGCCCAUCAAACCUACCCAAUGUGAAAAGGGAAUUCUCAGUUACCUCAGCUCCUGGCAUGAUGCACGUGGACCAAGCUGGACCAUGUGGCAAGUUUGACUCUUAUCAGAGGCCUGCAGGCCUUCCAGUAGAAGCAGAAGUCAGAGCCUUGGCAAAGGAGAGACAAAAGAAAGACAACCACAAUUUAAUUGAACGAAGACGGCGCUUUAACAUAAAUGACCGAAUUAAAGAACUUGGGACAUUAAUUCCCAAAUCAAAUGAUCCGGACAUGAGGUGGAAUAAAGGGACAAUCCUGAAGGCCUCAGUGGAUUAUAUCCGAAAGCUACAGAGAGAGCAGCAGAGGGCUAAAGAACUGGAGAGCAGACAGAAGAGACUGGAACAUAACAACAGACACCUCCUGCUUCGCAUUCAGGAGCUGGAGAUGCAGGCUCGUGCUCAUGGUCUGGCAGUUGGAGGUUCCUCAACGCUUUGCUCCACUGAACUGGUGGCUUGCGCCAUCAAAGAAGAGGCAGUCAGUUACACAAGAUGCUCGUCAGAGUUCUAUGCUCAUUCCCAUCUCUCCAGCCCAGAUCUUUCUCGCCCCACCACACUGGACCUCAACAAUGGCACCAUCAGCUACAGUGACAGCACCACUGAUGAGGGAGAGACAACAAUGUACACAAGUCAUGAAAAGCCCUCAGCCAAGCUGGAUGACAUGUUUGUGGAGAACACCAUGUCACCAGUGGCCGCAGGAAACCCGCUGCUCUCCUCAGCCUCACCCUCACAAUCCAACGACAGCAGCAGACGUAGUAGCACGAGCACAGAGGAACAGGACAAGGGCUGUUAGCAUCACAAACAAACUCUUACGUUAUCUUUAUAGCUGUUAUUAUCUUUU